AGGAGGGAGCACUGGUACCCUGACAGACCCAGGCUACCGGGAUCAUCAGGCUGGGUUGAUCAGGGCCAAACCCAGCGAACAUCAUGUCUGGGAGAAGAAACCACUGGCGCUGUCAUAGACGUAAGAGGCACGGUCUGUACCGCUCCGCGAGGGCCGAGCUCCAGUUCCCAGUUAGCCGCGUGGACCGCCUCCUGCGAGAGGGUCACUAUGCCCAGCGCCUGAGCUCAUCUACACCGGUCUUCCUCACCGGCAUUCUUGAGUACCUGACGGCCAAAAUCCUGGAGCUGGCAGGCCAGGAGGCCCGCAACAACCACAAGAUGCGCAUCACCCCAGAGCACGUGCAGAAGGCCCUGGGCAACAACGAGCACCUGAGCCGCCUCUUUGAGGAUAACACCUACUCUCAGGUGGAAGCCGUGCCCCAACCCAGGGAGUGGUGAGGACCAGGUACCAGAGCCCACAGCCUCAUCUAGUCCCCAACACUGCGCAUAGAUGAGGGAGGCCUGCUCUUCUGUCAGCAAAAGCUAUUAAAGGAUUUAAAUCCAGG